AUGUCUGCGAAAGCUGUCAGCGAACUUUCCGGAAAAGAGGUCAGGCAUACUUUCAGUUUGUAGAUUUUGACUAGUUACUCUGUGAAAGAAUAAAUGUAGUGUGUAUUGUUUGAGAAAAAGCGCAAAUAAAAAACAAAUUUCUGACUUACACACAAAUGCUUAAAAAAUUGUUCAACCGCCUGACAAUUAAAAAAUGUGCGAAAAAUUACGUAUUUUCAGAACUGAUAGGAGUAUUUACUGAAGGAUUGGGCGAUUUAAAAUUCCUCCAUUUUUAAAAUUUUGCAUUCAGGUUCUCUACAAGUAUUUCGAGUCGAGUGGUCUUCUCAGCGCUCCACAUGCGUUUCACGUGAAAGCCGGCGAGAAUUUCGAUGAGAUCGCCAACAAGUACGAGUGGCUCGCCCGCGAUAACAAGGGCGUUAUCAAGCCCGACCAGUUGAUUAAGCGACGCGGAAAGUUGGGUUUGGUCAAGAUCGGAACUCCGCAGGAUUUGAAAGCUUGGUUCGAGAAGACCGGAAAUAGCUAUGUGAAAGUGGGACAGACUGAGGGACGCCUGCAUACGUUCAUUGUGGAGCCGUUUUGCGCACACGCGGAGAAGGAUGAGAUGUAUAUUGCCAUCUUCAGCGAGAGAAGCCGUGACGUUAUCAUGUUCUACGAGCAUGGAGGAGUUGAUAUUGGAGAUGUUGAGGAAAAGGUAAAAGAAAAUUGGGGUUUUUGAUAGGAACACACACAAGAUCAGCGUUUAGUUAUGCUCAGAUCCGUCGAAAUAACUUUUUAAGAUCAAAACUCUUUGCAGGCCCGUUCUGUAUUUGUGCCAGUGCAACUCGAUAACAAAGCCAUGUCUCCGUCCGACGAAGAGCUCUCCGCACUUCUCGGCCCGGUCAAAGACAACGCCACCAUCAGAAAGUUUGUUGUCGAACUGUACCAAGCUUACAAGGACCUCCAUUUCACCUAUCUCGAGAUCAACCCAUUCGUUCUUCUCAACAACCACAUUCACGUAUUGGAUCUGGCAGCGAAGCUUGACGAAACUGCCAACUUCUUGUGCGCUGAUAAGUGGAAGAGCAGGCUCACACCGUACGGAGGACCGAAUCAUGUGGAGUUCCCGGCACCCUUUGGCCGUGAUUUGACAUCUGAAGAACAGUACAUUUCUGACAUGGAUGCGAAGACUGGAGCUUCUUUAAAAUUGACAAUUCUCAAUAGAAAGGGAAGAGUCUGGACGAUGGUUGCUGGUGGUGGAGCUUCAGUUGUUUUCACGUGAGUCGCUUGAAGUGUUCACACACAUUUAACAGAUACUGAAAAAAAUAGAUUAUCUUUGUACAAUUUGUACAGCUGUCGUGAGCAAAAUAAAAUUUACUAGCAAACUUCGUUUCAGCGACACUGUGUGCGACCUCGGAGGAGCGUCCGAACUGGCCAAUUAUGGAGAGUACUCCGGAGACCCGUCAGAGUCGCAAACUUAUGAAUAUGCAAAGACGAUCCUCUCGGUGAUGACCGAAGGAGCACCAAGACCGGAAGGAAAGGUUCUCAUCAUUGGAGGAUCCAUUGCCAACUUCACAAAUGUCGCCAAGACAUUUGGAGGAAUCGUCAGAGCAUUUGAGACAUUUGUAUCAAAGCUCAAGGAGCACAAGGUGACUGUUUAUGUGCGCCGUGGAGGACCAAACUAUCAAGAGGGACUUCGUCGUAUCAAGGAUGCCGCCACUAAGUUGGAGCUUCCGAUUCAUGUGUUCGGACCUGAAACCCACAUGACUGCUAUUGUUGGAGCUGCUCUUGGACUGAAGCCAAUGCCUACUGUUCCAACUGCUCCACAAACCACUGGACAAUUCUUGUUGAGCCCGGAAAGAAAUGUAAGUGUGUUCGAAGAAAAACGAAACAAAAUAAUUUGUAUUAUUUUAGACCGGAGGAACUGAGAGAGCCCCGUCUUCACCAUCUCCAGCCACCAGUCCGGCCCCAGUUGAGCAUCCACUCACCACUGCCCAGCAGAACCGAUUGAACAGCUUCAGAGGAAUUUUUGAGGAUGAUACCAAGGCAAUUAUCUGGGGACAACAGGCCAAGGCUAUCCAGGGCAUGCUCGACUUUGAUUAUGUGUGUAGAAGAAACUCGCCAUCGGUGGUGGCUUCCACUUAUCCGUUCACUGGAGAUAACAAGCAGAAGUACUAUUUUGGACAGAAGGAAAUCCUCAUUCCGGCUUACAAAUCCAUGGCCAAGGCCUUUGCUACACAUCCGGAAGCUUCCAUAAUGGUGACCUUUGCUUCAAUGAGAUCUGUGUUCGAAACUGUUCUCGAAGCUCUUGAGUUCCCUCAAAUCAAAGUUAUUGCUAUCAUCGCCGAAGGAGUUCCAGAGAAUCAGACCAGAAAGCUUCUCAAGGUACGCUUUCCCCAAAUAACAGAAUAAUUAUCUAAUGAUUUCAUGGUUUCAGAUUGCUCAAGACCGCGGUGUUACCCUUAUCGGACCAGCUACCGUCGGAGGAAUCAAGCCAGGAUGCUUCAAGAUUGGAAACACCGGAGGAAUGAUGGACAACAUCCUUGCUUCGAAGCUCUAUCGUCCUGGAAGUGUCGCCUACGUUUCUCGUUCCGGUGGCAUGUCCAACGAGCUCAACAACAUCAUCUCCCAUAACACCAAUGGCGUUUACGAGGGCAUUGCGAUUGGAGGAGAUCGCUACCCGGGAAGCACUUACACCGACCACGUCAUCCGCUAUCAGAACGAUGACCGCGUCAAGAUGAUCGUCCUUCUUGGAGAAGUCGGAGGUGUUGAAGAGUACAAGAUUGUGGAGCUGUUGAAACAGAAGAAAGUUACUAAGCCUUUGGUUGCCUGGUGCAUCGGAACCUGUGCUGAUCACAUCACCUCUGAGGUUCAGUUCGGACACGCUGGAGCCUCUGCCAAUGCUCUUGGCGAGACUGCUGCCUGCAAGAACGCCGCUCUCCGUGCUUCUGGAGCCCUUGUCCCGGAGUCAUUUGACGACUUGGGCAACAAGAUUCGUCAAACUUACGACGAACUUGUCCGUCAACAGAUCAUCGUUCCACAAGCCGAAAUACCACCACCGGCAGUGCCAAUGGAUUACGCCUGGGCUCGUGAACUGGGCCUCAUCAGAAAGCCAGCUUCUUUCAUGACUUCGAUCUGCGACGAGAGAGGAGAGGAGUUGAACUACGCUGGAGUGCCGAUCACCAAAGUUCUGGAGUCGGAUAUGGGAAUCGGAGGAGUGUUGGGUCUUCUUUGGUUCCAGGUAUGUCGUACAAAACGUAAUAGUCUUUCGGAUGCUUUUAACGGGCUAAAUUUGGAGACUCCCUAUCUUUUUUCAGAAGCGUCUCCCGCCGCACGCCAACAAGUUCAUUGAAAUCUGCCUCAUGCUCACUGCCGAUCACGGACCAGCUGUUUCCGGCGCCCAUAACACCAUUGUUUGCGCUCGUGCCGGAAAGGAUCUAAUUUCCUCUCUGACCUCUGGACUUCUCACAAUUGGAGACAGAUUCGGAGGAGCUUUAGAUGGAGCUGCUCGUCAAUUCUCGGAAGCCUUCGAUCAAGGAUGGUCGCCAAACCAGUUUGUGGGAGAGAUGAGAAAGCGCGGAAAGCACAUCAUGGGAAUCGGACAUCGUGUCAAGAGUGUAAGUGUGAAGUAUUUUUUGGAAUAAAUUGAGAAAAAAACAAUUUCAGAUCAACAAUCCAGACAAGCGCGUUGAAAUUCUCAAGCGAUUUGCCAUGGAUAAGAAGGAGUUUGCACAAGAGACACCGUUGUUCGAAUACGCUCUGGAAGUGGAGAAGAUCACGACUGCAAAGAAGCCCAACCUCAUCCUGAACGUGGACGGAGCGAUUGCGAUCCUCUUCGUUGAUAUCCUUCGCCACAGUGGAAUGUUCACCACUCAAGAAGCCGCCGAAACCAUUGAGAUUGGAUCAUUGAACGGUCUAUUCGUCCUUGGCCGAUCCAUCGGAUUCAUCGGACAUUAUCUCGACCAGUCUCGUCUCAAACAAGGACUCUACCGCCAUCCAUGGGAUGAUAUUUCUUACAUCAUGCCGGAGAGCAACUUGGUAAGCUUCAUUACUCGAAUUUUAUAGGACAGCAAUAACUUGUAUUUUCUACACGUAAACAAACAAAUUUUUUUCCAGUAA